CUUCUAUUGAGCGACAAUUAUCUUCCUGGUGCUAUGGUCCUUGCCCACUCCCUACGCGACAAUGGUACAAAAGCGAGGUUGGUGGCGCUCUUUACGCCAGACAGACUACAAUCCAGCACCAUCGACGAGUUAAGGACCGUCUACGACGAACUGAUCCCGGUGAGCUCGAUGGUAAAUGACACGCCGGCGAACCUCUGGCUCAUGGAUCGCCCAGACCUGAUUGCCACAUUCACCAAAAUCGAGCUCUGGCGCCUGACACAAUACCAGCGAGUCGUAUACAUUGAUUGUGAUGUCGUAGCUCUCCGAGCUCCUGACGAGCUGUUAUCACUGGAGGCAGACUUUGCUGCCGCCCCUGACGUUGGAUGGCCGGAUUGCUUUAAUAGUGGAAUGAUGGUUCUUCGACCUAAUCUACAGGACUAUUAUGCGCUAAAAGCACUCGCCCAGCGAGGUAUCAGCUUCGAUGGCGCUGACCAGGGUCUGCUGAACAUGCAUUUCCGGAACUGGCAUAGGCUAAGCUUCACGUAUAACUGCACACCAAGUGCUAAUUACCAGUACAUUCCUGCGUACAAACAUUUCCAGAGUACCAUCAGUUUGAUCCAUUUUAUUGGUGCCCAGAAGCCAUGGAAAAUGCCGAGGCAGAUUAUUCCACUGGAGUCCCCGUACAAUCAGCUUCUAGGCCGGUGGUGGGCCAUUUAUGACAGACAUUAUCGUCCGACUUUUGUACCGAGCGCGCCAGUCGAAAUUGAAAAGACGGUGCUGACUCGAGGCGAGCAAGUCCAUCUCCCUAGUUAUGACCAGAUAUCUCGUUCUGCAAGCACUCCUCAUUCUGAAAGCACUCCGCGUUAUGACAGAAGCUCUCGCCAUGAAACACAGCCCUCGUCUGAACGGCAGCCCUACCAUGUUGAAGAGCCCGCGAGCUUCCACGAGGAAUUACACCAACCACCCCCAGUCGAGCACGGCCAUUCAGAACCGCACCACGAACACCAUGCUCCUGCUUAUGUGCGCCAUGCUGCCGUGCCUGUGUUAAGCAUGGUACCGCAGUAUGUUCGUGGAGAGGAGCAUGUCUCAACAUUUAUCCCACCAUUGCCUUCUGCGCCAAUCACUUUUGCGCCUCAAGUGAACCACGAUACAUACGGGACGCAGAUACAAACGCACGCACAGACUGGGACCCAGGAACAGACACAAGCAGAGACCCAGACACACACACAGAUACACUACCCCGAUGUCCAUAUUCACCAACCACGGCCGCUGGCGCCAAUUCCUCCAAUUAUCGAUUUCCAAUCACCCCCGUCUCCGGUCCCAGAGGUUUCGACCUUUGAGGCGCCCAAGUCCGAGUGGGAUCCCUCGCGCGAACCACCACCGGUCAACACGAGACCCGAAGGUUUCAGUUUACAGCAGAAAACUUACAAUAUGUCCGAAGAUACGCAUCUAUUCCAACCCCCGUCAUCCUACCCGGAGGCACCGAAAAACAUGUGGUAUGAGGUUCCAGCCAAGCCAGAGCCCAAACCCAAACCCAUCACGGUCUUCCCCUGGGAGAGCCACGCUCCGAAACCCACCCGCGUCUUCGCCGAGGAGGCACCUGUGGAGUUAGUGGAAACCCCCGUGAUACCUGAGGAACCAGAACAACAUUCACCAUUAAGCGAGCCUGCCCCUCCCGGACCCUCGUCUUCCUACACCCGGGUACCGUUCGAACCCAGUGCCGACUCUUGGCAAACAUACAGCCGCUCUAACGCCUGGGAUGAGGAUCCAGAGAUCCAGCGCUACAUUGAAACAAUUCAAGCACGGCGCACAAAAUCACAAGUGACCAGCCCGGGAGCCAACUCCAACAGUCCCGAUAAAUCACCCCCCGUCCCCGGCUCCCGUCCUAGCACCAAGAUUACCGACUUCCCAACAGAAGUUGAGCGCCCCAGUCUGCCCGUAACGCCGGCCCCAAUCCACCGCAUCAGCUACGGGGAUGAGGCCUCCGGUACGGCUGCCCUCCCUGUUGCGGAUGGCGUGCCUAGCCAGGAGGAAUGGGUGGGUGUCACGGUUGAUGUGUUCUCUUCUCUCCUCAACGCAACAUACUUAUUAUGGCGGUCUACAGAAUCCCCUAGCUCAACUCGAGGAGCUGCAUCGUCGGCACUCGGAGAUCUUGGAGCAUCCCGAGCUGCUGUUUAG